AUGACAUCCGAAAGUUAUGAGCAAAAAUCACGCUUGAGUCCAUAUUUACGAAAGAUCAAUUUCGUUAAUGAUAAUAGAAGAAGAAAAAAGAAACCUCCAAAGCUUUGCCUCGAUUGUAAGGAAACCGAUAAUUAUGUCGAAUUAUUUUCUAAUAAAGUCAAUCGUAUUGAAGAAAUCGAAUAUGACCUGUCACAUUUCACUUUACAAGAAUUAGAUAAAUUGGCGAAUCUUGCGACUGAAAAUUUCUAUGAUGAUAAUAUAAAUCCAAUUCCUACCUCUUUAAAUGAAAAUGAACAAUUCAUUCUCAAUAACGUCCCUUGCGAACCUCUAAAGCUAUGCUCCAUGUGUAAGGAGACUAAUGAUUGUUUCAAUUUAUUUUCUAGCAAAGUCAAUAAAAUCGAAAAAAUUGUUGACAACCUUCAUGAAUGUAUUUCAAAAAGGAAUGAAAAACUUUCAAAAUAUACCGCACAAUUUAGUCUUAAUAAUGUUUCUUGUGAAUUAGAAUACGACUUGUCAAAUUUCACUUUUGAGGAAUUACAAAAAUUGGUAAAUUUUACGACUCAAGAUCAAGGAUGUUAA